AUGUCAGCUGGGACUGCAGGUUCCCCUGCGACCUCAGGGAGCCCAGGUUCCCCCGCCAAACUAGGGAGCCCAUGUUCCCCGCCACCCAAGGGACCACCGAUUCCAACGCCAUCCCAGGGAGUCCAGAUUCCCCCGCCACCCAAGGGAGCCAAGGUUCCCCCGCCAUCUCAAGGAGCACAGAUUCCCCCCGCCGCUCCAGGGACUGCAGGUUCCCCUGCGACCUCAGGGAGCCCAGGUUCCCCCGCCAAACUAGGGAGCCCAUGUUCCCCGCCACCCAAGGGACCACCGAUUCCAACGCCAUCCCAGGGAGUCCAGAUUCCCCCGCCACCCAAGGGAGCCAAGGUUCCCCCGCCAUCUCAAGGAGCACAGAUUCCCCCCGCCGCUCCAGGGACUGCAGGUUCCCCUCCGACCUCAACUAGGGAGUCCAGAUUCCCCCGCCACCCAAGGGAGCCCAUGUUGCCCCGCCUCCCGAGGGUGCCAAGGUUACCCAGCCUCCCCAGGGAGCCCAGGUUUUCCUCCCACCUCAGGGAACACAGGUUCCCCCACCAUCCCAGGGAGUCCAGAUUCUCCCGCCGACCCAGGAAGCCCAGAUGA